AUGGCUCCAACAAGUCUACCGAUAGACCUAAUCCCUCUCAUUCUCUCUCAUAUCUCAUCUUCGCCAUCUGCUCUACUUCCGUUGAUGUUAACUAGCCGUACCUUUUGUAGUUUUGUAGCACCAUUGCUUUAUUCUAAACCGUUUCACGUAUGCCACCCCAAGUCAUAUUCUCGACUCGUGCGCCUAUAUGUUAGUUACAUCCCAGAAUGUAAUACGCCGUUCCCAUCGUUGGAUAGACAACCAUGGUGGAUCGAAGCUGGACAUUUUUAUGACUAUCCUGAAUAUUUACAAGCGCUAUCAGAUGAAUUGGUAUCUACUGCUUGUAAAGCUUACUUGAAGGAUGAAAAUUAUAGAACAUUAAAUACAAGAGGAGAUAAUUACAAUAAUCAAAAUGUCAGCAGCGUCCAAUUCAGAUUGAUACGAAUGUUACUACACAGAAGUACUCAAUUACGGCAUUUGGAAUUGAGAUGCCCGAUACAAUAUUUGUCAAAUACGCCGGGAGAUGAUAUAGUCGAGGUAGCUGCACGUACCCAAAAAAUGUUGAGUACUAUUAUCGUAUGGGCUGAUGAUGAGAAGAACAACGAGAUAAAAUUGCGUAAAAGAGUAAAUAAUAGAGAUAGUAUGCGGAACGUACCCGGGUCGUUUUUUUAUUUCCUUGCAGGCGAUUCCAAAAUUGCCUCUCUUGUCAGAUCUCAGCUCAACCUCCAUCGUUUCGUUCUUCACAACUGCGACAUCGGAUGCGGAGGCAUCAUGAGAUCUCUCCUGCAGAGGAGUUCUCAAUUAAAUGAAAUAGAGUUUUAUGAUUGUUAUUUUGAUGACUGCGAUCUUAACGCAUGGUUAAGGAAAUAUCGUGGGUUCAGAGUUGAUAUGAGUGCGGGCAAAGACAAAGAAAGCAAAGAGAAAAAAGGGGCAAACUUGAGCUCUUGUCUAUCCAUGCGGAAAAUAAACGAAGGCAUACAAUGUGGGUUAUGUGAUAAGUAA